AUGGUGUUGGAAAUUUUGAAAAAUAAUUUUGAAAGAAAAGGGGAAAAUUAUUACAAUAAAAAAAUUCAUAAUAGCACCAGUAAGUACAAAAAAAAAAAAAAAAGGAAUUAUUUGUUAGAAGAAGACAGUGAAAAGGAUAGUAGAAAUAUAGAAAGUGGAAUUAAUGAAGAAUCAUAUAACGUAUAUGAACUAUAUGAAAAUUUGUCAAAUAAAAACAAAAAAAAUAUGGAUUCUUCUUUUUUGAAGCUAAACAAAAAUGGAUCUAUAACGAAAAACAAAAUUAGAGAAUUAUAUAAAAAUUCAAAAGAGAAUCUUCACUAUGGGACAAAUGAAAAUGAUAUUUUUACAGAGGAUAUUUAUGAAAACGAUAAUUUUGAUGAUGAUAAUUUCGUUGAAGAUGAAAAUAUAGAAUAUAAAACAUAUAAUUCUUAUGCAAAUCCAGAAUCUAAAUUAUUUAAUAAUUAUUCAAACACAAAUAUAAAAAAAGUGACUAACCAUGUUAAAAGGAGUAAUAAACACGAAAAUAUAUUGUUUAAUAAAUACAAUUAUGAUGCUAUUUAUGAUAAAAAAAAUAUAAAUAAGUUUGAUUCAAAUAUAAUUAGAAUUUUGAACAAUAAGAAAAAUGUUGAAUAUGAAAAGCAGAAUGAUAAUUAUAGCAGAAAAAAUAUGUCUUACAACUAUAAUGAAGAUAUUAAAUAUAACCAAGAAAAUUAUAAAAAUUAUAAUGAUAACGAAGAAGAGAAUAAUAAUUAUGAAUAUGAAGAUGAUAGGGAUGAAAACUAUUAUGAUUAUGAAGAUGAUAAUGAAGAUGAGGAUGAAGAUGAAGAUGAUGAUGAUGAUAAUGAUAAUGCAGAUGAUAAUUAUGAAGACGAAGAUGAUAAAGAUGUCAAUGAAAAUGGAGAUAAUGUAGAUAAUAUAAGAAAAAAUGAAUUAAAAGUUAAUAAAAUUAAAGAGAAUAAAGAAAACGAAGAAUAUGAAAAAGAUGAAUUUGAGGAAAAUGAUGAAGAUAAUGAAGAAGAUGAAGAACUGGAAGAGGAAUAUGAUGACGAAGAAGAAGAAGAGGAAGAAGAAGAAGAUGAAAAUGAAGAAGAAGAAGAAGAAGAAGAAGAUGAUGAAAAUGAAGAAGAAGAAGAAGAAGAAGAAGAAGAUGAAGAUGAAAAUGAAGAAGAUGAAAAUGAAGAUGAAGAAGAAGAAGAGGAAAAUAGAGAUAAUUAUGAUAUUGAAGAAGAAAAAUAUUACAAUACAUUAAGAAAUAAAGAAGAUGAAGAAAAAGAAUUCAUAAAAAAUUAUAAUAAUAUUAAUAAAAAUAAAGAAGAAUAUCAAAGCUCAAGAACAAGAGUAGAUGAAUAUUUUGAAAAAAAAAUUAUACCUCAUAAAAGAAAAGAAAAUGAAUCAUUAGUUCCAUGCAAUAUUUUAAAUGACCAAAUAGAUAAUAAAAAUUAUGAAUUUAAAGUUAUGAAUUAUGAAAAAGAAUAUAAAGAGGACAAUUUUAAGAAUAAAGAAAAAAAAAACCACGAAUCAUUGAAAAUAUUGAUUAGUGAAAAUAAUAACAAAGACGAUUUAACCAAACAUGCCAUAUCUAACAUGAAAAAAAUUGACAUAAGCAACAAAACAAAAAAUGAUAUUUUAAUUUUUGAAAAUUCUAAAUUUAAUUAUAAUAAAAAAAAUUAUCCAAAUAUGAAUAAAAAUGAUAAAAUUAUCAAGAAUAAUAACAGUGAUAAUGCUAUUUAUGAAAAAUUAAACUGCAGACAAAAAGAAAUUAUAAAUAAUAUUGAAAAUAUUGGAAGUUUGUUAAAUGAAAGUGCACUUGAAGAUAAUAGUAAUCCAAUUUUUUAUAAAAAAAAUAAUGGUUUUAAAGAAUUCAGAUUUAAUGGAGAAAUCAUUCAAGAAAUAAAUGUUGAAGAUAAAAAAAAAAAUAAUAUAAAAAAUUUCUUAUAUAAAAUGAAAAAUAAAAAAAAUAGUGAUGAUGUUUCUAAGAAGGAAGAUAAAAAAUAUGAAUUUUUACAAAAAAAAGAUAAAUUAAAAAUUAAAUUUACUGAUAUUUUGUAUGCAGGUACAUUAGGACAAUUUUUUCAUCGUAGCAAAAAUAAUUUUGUAAAUUGUUCAUCACCGCAGUUUAAAGGAGAUAAUACUUUCGAACCAUCUAAUAAUCUAAAUAAUUUAGACAAGUUUAAUUUUAAUGAUUAUAAAACAUCUAUUACAAAGGAUACAUAUGCAGAAAAUAUAGCACUUAAAUCAAAAAAAGAUAAUGAAAAAGAAAAUAAUAAUAAAAGGGAAAUGGAAACAAAACUAGAUAACAAUUUUAAUGAAAAAACUAAUGUUGAGCAACAUAUAUGUUGUAAUUUAGUUAAUGAUAUGUAUGAUAAAAUAAAAGAUGAUAAAAAAUAUAAUGAAUUAUCAAAUAAACAAGAAAAGGUCAAUUUUAUGAAACUUUCAAAUGCUUUAAACGAUGAUAUCAAUGUAAAAAAAAGUGAUAAAUAUCUUGAUAAAAAUAAAAAUUUAUAUUUAGAUGAUCAUUAUAGUUCAAAGCAUAGUUAUAUUAAUGAUUCUAACGAAAGAAAAUGUGAUGUUUUAAAAAACCCUAAUAGUGUAAGAAAUAUGAUUACAAAUAGAGAUUAUUACAAAAAUAGAUAUGAUAAAAAUUUACAUGCUAAAAAUGAAAAAAUUAAUGUAACUGAAGAUAAGGGAACUAUAUAUACACAUUCAUAUAGCAAUAGUUAUAGAAGUGAAAAUAAAACAGAAAGUUUACAGAAUACCAUAAAAAAAGAAGAAAAUAAAAAACCAAAAAUUAGAAGUAAAGAAAAGAAAAUAGAAGAUAAAAAACAAAAGGAAUUAGAAGUAAAAAUAGAUGAAACUUUAAGUAGAAAAAUGAUUGAGAAUAAUGAAUUAAAGAAUCAUGAUGAAAUUGAUGAAGACUAUAUAGUUACACCUUUUUAUAUCAAAAGUAAAAUAGAUAAAGUUUUAAAAAAUAGUGAAAUUUUUGAGAGAUCUGCUAGAGCAACGUUCCAACAAUUUGAUAUUAAAAAUAAAAAUUUUCUACAUUUUAGCGAGAUUGAAUCAUUGAUACAAAAAUUAUGUUAUAAUUUGGAACUCCCUCCUGUUGAUAAAAAUAUAUUAUCUAUCGUAUACAAGGAUUAUGAUAGUAGUAAGAAUAAUAGUAUGAAUUAUACAGAUUUUCGUCAAAUGUAUUGGGAUUUGUUAAAGCAAAUAAAAAAAAAAUAUUAUCCUACAAAGAACUUUAAAAUAAAAAGAAAUUGUAUAAUAAGUAGAAAAAAGUUAGGUGGAUAUGAUUACUCUUCUAUUUAUAACUAUUUAAGCUUCAAAAAAAUUCUUGGAUGUGGUGCUUUUGGUGAAGUACAUUUAGUUGAAGAUAAUAUUUGUAAAUUAUAUAAAGUUGUAAAAAUAUUAAAAAAAAAGAGCAUGAAAAAUGUAAAAAUAAAUGAAGAAAUUAAUGUUCUAAUAUAUUUGGAUCAUCCUAAUAUUAUAAAGAUUUUUGAUGUGUAUGAAAAUAUUGAUUGCACAUAUAUUGUUAUGGAGUUGUGUGAAGGUGGAGAAUUAAUGAAUAAAAUUAAAAAUUCAGAAAAAUUUAAUGAAAAAUAUAUAAAAAAUAUAAUGUUUCAAAUUUUGUGUGCCAUAGCCUAUAUGCAUAGUCAUAAUAUAGCACAUAAGGAUUUAAAACCAGAAAAUAUCUUAUUUAAAGCAAAGGAUGAUGACACAUUAAAAAUUAUUGAUUUUGGUUUAGCAGAACUAAUUAAUAAAUCUGAAGGAGUGAGUAAAACAGCUGCAGGAACUGUUUUAUAUAUGGCACCAGAAGUAUUUAAAAAAAACUUUACAAUAAAAUGUGAUAUAUGGUCAGCAGGUGUAAUUAUGUUUUUUUUAUUCUCAAAAAACUUACCCUUUUGUGGAAAUACUUAUGAAGAAGUAAAACAGAGUAUAUUUAAAGAUGAACCAGAUUACAAAAGUUUAAAACCAAAAUUAUCUCAAUCAGCUUUGCAUAUUUUAAAGCUUAUGUUAGAGAAGGAUCAUAAUAAAAGACCUAUGGCAGCAGUAUUGUUGCAUCAUCCGUGGUUUCAGGGAUAUCUUGAUCCGAUUGAAAUUUCUCCAACCACAUUGAAUAAUAUAAAAUCAUAUAUGAAACAUUCAAAUAUAAGAAAUAUUAUAAUUAAUAUAAUGGCACACGAAUUAAGUAUAAUAAAUAAACAUAUAAAAUAUAUCAAUGAAAUAUUUUGUAAAAUAGAUACAAAUCAUAAUGGUUCACUUAGUCAUAGGGAAAUUUAUACAGUUCUAUCUAGUGCAGGUAUAAAAAAAUGGGAUAUAAACAGAAUUGUUCAAGCUUUAGAUAUAAAUGAUAGAGGGAACAUAACUUACACAGAAUUUAUUGCUGGAUGUUAUAGAUGGAAAAAUAUAGAAUCUACAUUUUUAAAAGCAGCUUUUAAUAAAAUAGAUAAGGUUGUUAAUAUAUAUAUGAAUAUAGAUGUAAACAUAUCAUUAUACAGACAUAAAAAUAUUAAGAGUGAUAUUGUAACAUUGGUUCGCGAUAAGGAUAUAGAUAGUAAUGAUAUUGAUAAUUUUUUCACAUCUGUGUAUAGUAUAAAAAAAUAUACACAUAAGGAAAAGAAAAUAAAUAAGAUAAGUUUUGAAGAUUUUAAGGAAUAUAUGUUAAGUACAUUUUAG